AUGAGUACUGAAUUCGAAAAAGAGAGUAAUUUAAGUGCUGAAGAGGCCAAAGUCAAGACUUGGUUGAAUUAACAAUAUGAAAACUUGAAGGACAUGAAGAGCUAGACAGCGGAUGAAAUGUUUAAGAAUAUAGAUAGCAGAUAAAUCUAAAAGCAAAUCAAAUCUCAAAAUGAGAAAUUAAAUGAGGAAAUGAGAUAGCAAGAAUUCAGCAAUAACAAUUUAACCUUCUCAGAAGCAUCAUAACAUUUGGGAAGUAUGCUAAUUUAAAUGAUAGAGCAUGAUAGAAAGGACCCAGCUAAAUAUUUCAGAACAUCUCUUGAUCCAGCCUUGAAAAUUGACAAUGACUAAUUUCACGAGAUAUUAAAUGAUCUCCUUAGUAGGUUAUCUGAUGUUUAACUGUAGUCAGCCAAGAAAGUUCUUCAUAGAUAUAAGCAUGAUAAACGAAAAGUUACUACUGGUAUUUAAACUGAAGUAGAGGAUGAAAUGACACUGUAUUUUCAAAGAAAUAGAAUCAGCACUUUGAAAAAGGAUGUCUCUAUCUUAAAUGAUAAGCUAGAAGAAAAUCAGCAGAUUCAUCAGUUUUUAAUUAAAGAGAAUCAUGAGAUCAACACCAAGCAUACUAAGAUAAAUGAGAGAUUUCGAGAGCUUUCAAAUAAAUAUGACCUUCUUGAAACUAAGUAUCAAAAUUAGAUUCAAGAAAAUAUGACUAUUUCAUCCUAGAAAAACAUAGUUGAGUAAAGGCUGCACGAAGUCACUAAUACCUAUCAAGAAUUGAGAAAUAACUUAGAAACUACCCUCAAAGAUGCAUUGAAUCUAAAAAAGGACAGAAAAUCUUUGAUAAAUGAGUUGUUCUAUAUCGGAUCAAAAUUUUAGGUCGUAAAAGUGCCUUAAGUAUUUUAUAAGUUAGGUAUUUAAAACUUUGAAGAAGAUCUAGAGGAAGAAGAUCCUAAUAGAGAGGACUCUGAGAGUGAUGGUUAAGCAAAAGAUGUAAUAGAAUAAGCAUAGGAUGAUAGUUUUGAAUUGAGUGAGAUAUCUUCCUAAGUGUCUAAUAUUGAAUAAACAGAUGAUAAUAUAGAAAAAUCAGUAAAUAAUGCUAGCAAAAUUCAAAGAAAAACUAUAUUAAAAAUAGGAAAUCAAAAGCAUAUUGAAGGGAAUCCAGAAAAAGUAAAACCUGACAAAUUAUCUAAUUAAAACGAUUUGUUAAAAAGAAGGACAACCUAGAUAAAUGUAGAUACCUUACAGCGUCAGCGUAGAAAAGAAAAAGAAGAAGUUGAUUAAAUUAAAUUAAAGCUUCAAUAAGAAAUAGACAAUCUUAAAAGAGAACUUGAAAAAUAAAAUAAACCUAUAAAAGAUAACUAGCAAAUGCCCGUUAAUGAAAAUGUAUAAUUCAAAACUUAAAAAAUCUUUGAUAAUGCAUAAUAUCAGCAGAGUGUAAAUCCUAUUGUAGAAAGGAAGGUUAUAAUAAAAGAAUUCACUCCUGAAAAGAGAAGAUAAGAAUCGAUGAGAAUUAUUAAUAAAGAUUGCGCAAGUAUUGGAGUUCAGUUUCCUGAUUAAAACAUGCUGAAAAUGAGAGAAACUUUAAAAAUGAUACAUAGAAAAGAACUAAGAACAAAAAUGAUAUAAACAGAAGACUUAGUUGACGAGGAGCUUUUACGGUAGCUCAAAGAACAAAAAGCGAAAUACGGUUUGAAAAUUUUCGCAACAAAAAGUUCAGAUAUGGCAAUGAAUAAUAACUCUUAAGUGUAAUUUAAAUCAACUGCUAUUUAUAACAAAGUUCCUCCUGAGUAUAUUUUAGAAUCUAAGAGAUCAAAUAGAAACGAUGAAGAAUCCUAUGAUAUGGUUUAGAAUAAUCCAAUAUACAAUAAUAAGAUUUUUAUUCCAAGAUAAACCCAAAGAUCAAUUGUUAUUGAUAAAAGUUUAUCUCCUGAGAGGAGUAAAAAUAAAAUUACAAAGAAUACAGAACAUGUAAAAUAAAGCAAUUGA